CGAUUUGACCGAAUGACAUUUGGUUUGGUUUGGCAGUUCAAAGAGCAGACGUUUUCCAUGGGCUUCUACGUUUUUUAGCGAGAAAAUUGAAAAUUCAUACAUUUGUUUUGUGUUAAAAUUCGUCGUUGAUCGUUAGUGAUGGUGUCGUCACAGGUUAUUUACGCGGCGGUGCCGAUUUCAGUGAUCGUCGCUAUCGGCUUACUACGCAAAUGGAAGUCCAGGAGUUGGGCAAAGUGCUUGAGUAACACAUGCUUGAGGGGUAAAACAUUUAUCAUCACUGGGGCUAACAGUGGGAUAGGCCUGGAAACAGCCAAGGCACUGGUGCGGAGGAAGGCGCGAGUCAUAUUCGCAUGCCGCGAUAUCGCGAAGGCCAAACAGGCCAUCGCUGAUAUUAGGCGGGAGCAACCGAGUGGCGGCGAACUGAUUCCCAUGCAGCUAGACCUGUCAUCACUGGCAUCAAUAGAAAAUUUUGUUGAAGUCGUUAAAGCAGGCUUCUACAAGAUUGAUGUGCUCAUCAACAACGCUGGUGUGGUGAUACCAUUGAGCCAAGAUGAGAAGACUAAAGAAGGAUUUGAGGUGCACCUGGGAAUCAACCACUUGGGACACUUUCAUUUGACUAAUUUACUCCUGGAUUUGCUGAAGAGGGCUUCACCUAGUAGAAUCGUGGUAGUAUCAUCAACACUUCACGAGAAAGGAAAGAUAGAUUUCGAGGAUCUGAAUUUACGAUCUGAAAUUGAAAAUGCGAAGAAACGGAAGAGCGAUGCGCGUCACAACCCUGGCUACAGCAACUCAAAGCUGAUGAAUGCUUACUUCGUGAGGGCACUGGCAGACAGAUUGAGAGGAACCGGAAUCGAUGUCAACGCCUGCUGCCCAGGAUUCUGCUAUACUAACUUGUUCAGACAUUCAAUAAGAUGGUACCACUACGUUCUGAUGGCGCCAAUAUUCCUUCUCUUCAUGAGAUCGGCCAAACAAGGCUCCGAAACAGUUGUAUACUGCGCAACGGAUUACAGCAUCGAGGGCAACAGCGGCAAGUUCUAUCGGGACUGCGCAGAGUACGAAUCGAAAUACCCCUUCGACAAGGAGGUGGAAGUCAAGCUGUGGAACGUCAGUGAGGAGAUGAUCAAGGCCAGGAAACCCUUGUGAAUGACGACAGAAAUAUAACCCCUCUGAAUGAACUACACACCUCGCUGAUACGACCUUGACGCGCGGUGCCUACUUAAUUCACACGGGUUAUAAGGGUGUACAGUAGGAACGGGUAGAAUUUAGUGAAUGGGCCUUUAAAGUUCCAUAGAACCCCGGACGGGGCAACACCGCCCACAAAUAAUGUAGAAGCCGUGUAAAACGUCUCAUUUUAGACAUGAUUUUAUUUCCCCGUGCUAUGUUUUAGCAGUUAUUUUAUUUACUAACUUACAUGCUCUAAAGGUGUUCGUAUAAAAAAGACGAAGUACAAUGGUUGUAUGAAAUAAUUACAUUAAUUAAUAUUAAACAUAUUAAGGCUUAAAAGGCUUUCUUGAACUGCGUACUUAUACUAGAAAAUCAGUCUGAAAAUACGUACAUUAUAGAUAAUAUAAAAUUUUGUAAGAGUACAACUUUGUUUUUGUUGUAUCACUAGAACUACACGUAGUUUGAUGACGUCAAUACUGUUAUAAUUAUAUGAACAGACAGACAAACAGAACUAGAGGGCUAAAAGGCAACAUUGAAGCAAUUCAUCUAAAUAAGCAAUAUUGCAAUUUGACAUUUGCGCAUAUAAAAUUAAGUGCGCAGUGCAAAUAAAUGUCAAAUAGCAAUAUUGGUUUCUUAGAUGAAUUGCUUCGAUGUGGCCAUUUUAACCCCCCUGAAUGUAUUCGGAGAAAUUACAAGCAUGAGUGCGUGAAUACGAAAAAAGAAACGCUUAUAAAAGCAUACCAAAACAAAAGCGUCGCGCACAAAUAACUAAUCAUGUAUUUCGGCAGAGGUGAACGCGUGCGCUUGAGAACUCCAUUUUAUAAUUUCUCUCAGAGAACCCUGAAAGCAGCCCCGAACAUGUUUAUCGUAAUUAGCGCCGUAUUACAGGGUAGUUAUGGUGCCUUAUUCUUGUGCCAUAUUGUGAGUUUCAUUUUUUGUAAAGCACCAUUAUAUUAUUGUGUUUUUGUCUUAGUAUGAUACGUAAUUUGGUCCGUAUUGUGGACCACGGACACAUUAUGGUAUAUUAGCUUCUUUCCCUUCAGCCGCGUUCAUAACCAUUUUUAUAACUGGCGGGGUAAAAAGGCCACAUAUAGG